GAAAUACCGGAUUAGAAUGAGAGGCAUUGAUGCACCCGAGCUUAAAAUGCCUAAUGGGAAGGAAUCAAAAGAUGCAUUGGUGAAACUCAUUGGUGGGAAAAGUGUCACAAUUUAUGUGUAUGGACAGGACCAGUUUGGGCGUUAUGUGGGAGACAUUUAUUGUGAUAAUGUGUUCAUCCAGGAGCAAAUGCUGAAGAGUGGUCAUGUAUGGCAUUUCAAGACCUACGACAAGCGCCCAGAGUUCGCACAGUGGGAGAGAGAGGCAAGAGCUGCACACCGAGGGCUUUGGGCAUCAGAGAACCCGGAGAAACCGUGGGAUUGGAGAAGAGAUCAGCGCAAUGCAAACAUUCAGGUCUACUGAUGGAGCUGAACUUAGUGUUUAGAGCCCUGAAAUGAUCUGGUAGCCUCACAGUUUCUUAGUGAGGUCCGUGUACAGCUUGCUGAAAUGAAUGCAUAUCAGAAACCAAAAAGUUUGUGUGGUUUUGUGUGUGGAAGAAAUCACAAGAGCACCACAGAGAAAUGUUAUCGAUUCCUCUCAGGAGAAA